AUGGAGCUCUGGAAACGGUGCCGCGUGGAGGAAACCGGACAACAGUUGUCAGAGAUAGUCCUCCUCCAUAUCUCAACACCAAUUGCUUCCCAGGCUGAACAAGUUAGCUUUCUUCCAUACCCUCGCCUUCGAAGUUCUGGGAUUAAUUGGUUGGCUACUAUCAAAAUUACACCUUGUGGACGAAUUGUUGCUGGAGAAGAACCACCAUUGCAAGAAGAAGAUGCUAUUAAUGAAGUUGAGGUUCCUGAUCAACAACUUGAUGAAAAUCUUCUGAUCGACCCAAAUAACCAUCAAUAUGAAGAUCUUCCCGAAGAUGCGACAGAUGAAGCACGUGAAGACGAGUUCGAUUGUAGUGACGACGAUGACUGUUCAGAUGUUGAUGAGAACUCAAACGAUUCAGAAUGA